GUUCCUCUUCUUACCCUGCACCCAGAGCCUGGCUGAAGAGGACAAGGGCAGGAGGCACCAUGAGUGGGGGCCCUGUGGGAGGCAGGUCUGGGGGUCGCGGAGGACCAGGGGUUCAGCAGAACAUACCCUCCACACUGCUCCAGGACCACGAGAACCAGCGACUCUUCGAGAUGCUGGGUCGGAAAUGCUGGACACUGGCCACUGCCGUUGUUCAACUGUACCUGGCAUUGCCUCCCGGAGCUGAACACUGGACCAAGGAGCACUGUGGGGCUGUGUGCUUCGUGAAGGAUAACCCCCAGAAGUCCUACUUCAUCCGUCUUUAUGGCCUUCAGACUGGCCGUCUGCUCUGGGAACAAGAGCUGUACUCACAGCUGGUCUACUCUACUCCUACCCCCUUCUUCCACACCUUUGCUGGAGAUGCCUGCCAGGCAGGGCUGAACUUUGCAGACGAGGGCGAGGCUCAGGUCUUCCGGGCCCUGGUGCAGGAGAAGAUCCAAAAAAGGAAUCAGAGGCAAAGUGGAGACAGACGCCAGCUACCCCCACCACCGGCGCCAGCCAAUGAAGAGAGAAGAGGAGGGCUCCCACCCCUGCCCCCACACCCAGGUGGAGACCAAGGGGGCCCAGCAUCUGGCCAACUGUCCCUGGGGCUAGUAACAGUGGACAUCCAGAACCCUGACAUCACGAGUUCCCGAUACCGUGGGCUCCCAGCGCCUGGGCCUGGCCCAGCUGAUAAGAAACGCUCGGGGAAGAAGAAAAUCAGCAAGGCCGAUAUUGGUGCACCAAGUGGAUUCAAACAUGUCAGCCACGUGGGGUGGGACCCCCAGAAUGGAUUUGACGUAAACAACCUGGACCCAGACCUGCGGAGUUUGUUCUCCAGGGCAGGCAUCAGUGAGGCCCAGCUCACAGAUGCUGAAACCUCCAAACUCAUCUACGAUUUCAUUGAGGACCAGGGUGGCCUGGAGGCUGUGCGGCAGGAAAUGAGGCGUCAGGAGCCUCUUCCACCUCCCCCACCGCCGUCCAGAGGAGGAAACCAGGCUCCCCGGCCCCCCACUAUGGGGAGCAACAAGGGUCGUUCUGGUCCACUGCCUCCUGUACCUUUGGGAGGUGCUCCGCCCCCACCAACUCCCCGGGCACCCCCACCCCCAGGCCGAGGGGGCCCUCCACCACCACCCCCUCCAGCCACUGGACGUUCUGGACCACCACCCCCUCCACCCCCUGGAGCUGGAGGGCCCCCUGUGCCUCCACCCCCACCCCCACCGCCCCCACCCCCCAGCUCUGGGGAUGGGCCAGUCCCUCCCCCACCUCCUGCUCUGGGGCCUGUGGGGAACCUGGCCCCUGGUGGAGGUCGGGGGGCGCUUUUGGAUCAAAUCCGCCAGGGAAUUCAGCUGAACAAGGUGAAGACGGACGCCUGGGGCCCCCGAGAACUCAGCACUGCAGCCCGCGCCUCAGAGCUCAGAGGGGCUGGUGGGAGCCCUGAUGCACGUGAUGCAGAAGAGAAGCCGAGCCAUCCACUCUUCAGACGAAGGGGAGGACCAGGCCGGCGACGAGGAUGAGGACGACGAGUGGGACGACUGAGUCAACCACCCCACCUGUUCUGAGCCUUCUCUCCUGGCAGCUGCUGCUUGGUGCCCCGACUCCUGGCCUCCAGGCCUCUCAGGCCCUGUUUGUUUCCCGCCAACCCUUCCAAUGCAGUUAAUUCUGACUAGCAGUAGCUAGGGCCCCUUUAUAUACAGACUAUUUCGGUUCUCCUCACAUUAAGGAUUUUGAAACCAAAAUAAAAUAACUGUCUUUUUGUUUCUCCAA